AUGGAUAACGUCGAUUGCAACACAGUUUUGGUGCAUCUACCGGCAAAGAGUAUUUUUUAUGACAUUUUUUUGUGAGUUUUUUUUUCAAGAAUAAAAAGUUGUUUUCAAUUUAAUGAAAACAAAGUUUACGCUGUGAUGUUUGAUCGGUUUGCCUCAUUAGGUCCAAGCUAGGCUAACUGCAAAAAAUAUAAGGGAGAAGAGAGAUGAAAAACAAACAACUUUUUGCAGGGAAGUUUACAAUUUCUACCACCCGAUUCAUGCGUAUUUAUCAAUUCUAUUAUGUGUUCUUGGAACAAUUGCCAACUUUUGCAACAUUGUUGUUUUGACACGAAGAACAAUGCGAACACCAGUAAAUAUGAUAUUGACGGCAAUGGCAUCGUGUGAUACUGUAGUGUUGUUUUCGAAUUUGAUCUACACAACACAUUACUCAUUCAUAGCGUUCAAGUAUUGUCAACCAAAAUAUUGGUCGUAUUCGUGGGCGCUUUUUUUGAUUGCUCAUGCUCAUUUAUCAUUGGUAGCUCAUAGUUCGAGUGUUUGGCUUUCGGGUGAGUUUUGAGAAAAUAAUUCAAGUUGGAUUUGAAAAUUUGGAACAAUCUGCUUUUCAAGUGUUGUGCAAAAAUAGCUCACUUUAACUUUGAUACAUUCAGAAUUUGGCUUAUUAUAGUUGUCGAAAAAAUUAAUUGCUAAAAUCUAAUUUUUUGGCCUAUAAUUUUUGCGCUCUCCGAAAAGUUCGUAUUGAAUUUUUUUUCUGCAAAAUCAAUAAUCCUAAUUUCAAGCCAGACAUGAACUUUUCAAAAAUUCUCAAAAGAAUUUUUGAAUUAGAAUAUUUCUCUAAUGAAUUACAAAUUUUUCAGUGACGUGAUGUUUUUAUUUUUAUGAACCACAAGGGAAUCGUAUUUUGGAAUCACUAAAAAAGUUCUUGGAAACUUUAGGAAGGCCAUUCCGGUCUGAGAAUGAGAACCAAAUUUAACAAACAAUAAAAACAAGAUAACCUCAAUUCUGAAUCUUUUUAAAUAAAUUUCCAGUCAUGCUUGCUUUGAUUCGAUAUAUGACACUUCGAUCACGUGGAAAUAUGGGUGGUAUGCAAGUUACCCUAAAACACUCCUACUACGCAGUCGCAAUUACUGUAUCAGCUGUUGCAAUUCUCAAUGCGCCUAACUUCUUGAAUUACAAGAUCAACGAGAGUCCGCUCAAUGAAACUUGCAUACAUCUUGAUGAAAAAUAUCAUGGUGCUUUUGCAUAUCUUCCUGGAAUUUCAGAUAUUGCAAAAUCAAAUCAUUGUGUAGUGUUCCGAUUAUCAUAUUGGAUUUCUGGAUUGGUUUUCAAGAUGUUGCCAUGCGCAUUGUUAUCUUUAUUUGUUUGGUUGCUUUUGAAAAUUCUUCGCGAAGUUCGAGAAAAUCGACAAAGACUUUUGAAAAACUCAACGAAUCGGCCAUCGAAUCAAAACACACGAAGUACAAAUGGUGGACGAUUGAGUAUAACCGGAAAUGGCAAUGAAAAACUUGGAAGAAAUGGAAGUUUGCGAGGUCGUGGAGAAAAAGUUGAUCGAACAACUCAUAUGCUUCUUGCAAUUGUCGCAGUUAUGCUUGUUACCGAAAUCCCGCAAGGAAUUAUGGCUGUUUUAUCGGGAAUGUUUUCCAACGAAUUCCGAAUCUAUGUUUACAAUAGUCUUGGAGACAUUCUUGAUCUUUUCUCACUUUGUGGUUCCUGUUGCUCAUUCAUCAUCUAUUGUUCAAUGAGUGGACAAUUUAGAAAUGUUGGUUUUACUUUUGCCCCAAUUUUUUUCAUAAAAGAAAAUUUUUUCAGGAAUUUCAACGAGUAUUUAUCCCAACAACGAUUAAAUGUGCACGUAUGCAAAACUCAAUUCGACGACCUUCUGAUGCUUAUAGCACUACAAAAAUGACGUUUUUGAAGCCAAAUGAGCAAGUAACUGUAAAUGGAAAUGGAAAUGGAAAUGGGUAUGAUGAGAGAUCAACUAGUGUUAAGGUAAGGUGGAAAAGCGUUAAAGAAGUUAACGUUUGGGAUAUGUUGAUUAGUUUUAGUAAAGUUUCUUUUCUUUUCUUUUUUUGCGUCUUAACUAAUAAGUUAAAGUAAGGUUUUUUUUCGUCAAUUCUAAUAAUUAGCAGGAAGGUUUCCUUGAUACCGUUUAUUAAAAAAGAUCAAAAGGGUUGCAUGCCAGGAAUUAUCUUUUUAUUCUCUACUUCCUCGAACACAAUCACUCACUGAAGUUUGAUGCAACAUUUUGAAACAAAAACCACAUCAUCUCGAAAUCUUGAAUUUUGUAAUUAGUGUUCUCGAAUCCCAAUGGUUCAAUAUAAAUCCCCUAAACUCUAUUUUUCCAGCUUCUUGGUGAGCAAGUUCGUCGUGGUAGCAACGAGACAACAAAAUGCGAAUCUCUAACACCGUGCUCACCAUUUCCACCAAUCACCGAUGAACAUUCCCAUCUUCUAGAUGAUCGGCCUCGUUUUCAAUCUGAUCUCUAA